AUGCCCACCACCACCACCACCACCACCACCACUGCCACCACCACCACCACUACCACCACCACCACCACCACCACCAAAGCCAACACCACGGCCGCCACCACAACUAGGACGUCUUCUUCCAGCCCGGUGCCCUCCACAACAGUGGAUUCGGCGUCGGCCAGAUUCCAGCCUGCUGAGGGAGGAGUGAAUCGGGUUUGUCGUGGGUCCCAUCCCAACGACAACAAUCCCAGCUACUAUUCGGCUGAAGACUCGUCCUCCCUGGAGAUGUGCAAGUCCGCAUGUCUCGGAAACCCUCUCUGCACUGGCAUUGAGUUUUCUGCUGGACGCUGUGAGGUUUGGACAAGGCCGGCUGGCAUUGGCACAACGAAGAUCGUGGACGGGUUUACUUGCCUCCGCUUUGAGCCUCCCGGCGCCUUUGCUUUCCGAGCUGUGGAUGGCGGAGAGAACCGCGCAUGUCGCGGAGCAACUCCUGGCGACAACAGCCCGUCCUACAUGAAAGUCUUGACAAAGCAUCGCCUUUUCGAUUGCAAAGAAGCCUGCCUUGAAGAUGCCGAAUGUCACGGUAUCGAAUUCUCCCCAGGACGAUGCGAGGUGUGGACUCGGGACGGUGGCAUCCAGGCCAGCGUCGUCCUCGAAGGCUUCACCUGCCUGGCCCGACCCUGGACCUUCCAGACUUUUGCACCUGUCAAUGGUGAGAACCAGGCAUGUCGCGGAGCUACUCCCGCAGACAACUCCGUGACUUAUUAUGAUGUAGUCGGAGACACGUCAUUGGACGCCUGCAAGUGGUCCUGUGUGGGUCGAGGCGCUGACUGCAAGGGCAUCGAGUUCUCCGCAGGCCGCUGCGAGGUGUGGAUUAGGACGCAAGGGAUUGCAGCCACCUGGCCCCUCCAGGGCUUCUCCUGCUUACGCUACUCGCCCCAACCUCAAUCCUUACUCGCCAAGAAGUCCAAGUCCCGCAAAAAAGCGUUCUUGGGCCCGUCCUUUGUGCAAACGGCCUACGCCUCUGACAAGCAGGCCGAGGUCUUCUCCUUGACGAGUGUUGAGGAGUCAUUAAACGAGCUAUAA